AUGGCGUCGAUGCUUGAUUGGUUAUUGGGGUAUGUGCACCGCUACAUUGAGAACUUCAUGGAGCCAAUAACGGGAGGUCAGUUAUCGCUGGCAGGAUUGUUACUGGGGAAGUUGACUAUUGAGAAUGUUCAGCUGAAGCAGAAGAUAAUGGAUUUCAUGCCGAUGCCGAUGAAUUUGCAUUUCCAGUAUAUCGGGACGAUAAAGUUAUCGUUGCCGAUAUGGUCGUUGUUUACUUCGCCGAUCCAUGUGGAGGUGAAGGACGUGAUAAUGGUGGUGGGGACGAAGCAGUUGAAGGACUGGAAUAAAGAGGCAUGGGAAGCGAGUUACCUGCCGGCGAAGAAGCAGCUGUUAGCGGGCAACGAAGGUUCGGCGUUCGUAGCAUCAAUGGAGGACGGUUUUCUAUGGCGAACACUUAUACGUUUGGGCUCAAAUGUAAAGGUGGAGGUGUCGAAUGUUCAAGUGCGAUUCGAAGAUUGGUAUGGUUGCAGCAAACCCUAUGCGCUGGGUGCGACCGUCCAGAGUUUGUUUGUCAGCAGUGUACACAACGAAAUAAUUCCCAAAGCCGAACAUGACUAUGCCAGGACCGGACACGCCGCUUACAGUGACGCAAAUAUCAUCCGGAAACAAGUCGAUAUCCAGGGUGUUAGUGUGUACUGCGACCAACUUGUCUUCCCCGAAGACUCGCCCGUACCUGCCGGCGGCCUAACAGGCAAGCUGACGGACGGCAAGAAGCGAUGCAUUGCCUUCCGACCGUCGCACCGUGUCCGCGGUAUUGCGCUGGGUCGAAAGAGUGUGCGACGACCUCCCGGAGGUUCACCGCGGCGUGACGAGCCUACGAACGUGGCCUCGGCCGCAGAGGCAAGCGGGGCCGCCGCUGCCCAGGUGGCUAACAACCCGAUCCAGGCUGGCAAGGGGUUCUUCAAGUCCAUGUGGAAUUGGGUCAAAGGCGAGGUGGCCGAGGAUGUAACCAACGGUGAUGCGGACACGGGUGGUGGUGGUGGUGUGUCUGGAGGUGGUGGGUCACGACGUAGCCCACCGGGACAGAUGCAUAAGAUCGGGCAGAUCCCGGGCACAUUUUCCAUCGACGGCCGUUUCCCCUAUCGAGAUGUCUUUGGCGAGCUGUGCGAAGUGCGACUAUACGAACCACCCGUUACGGGCGCGGAAGGUCACUGGCAUACGGCCAUGGAUUUGCUAGAUGAGGUGACUACCGCAAACAAUAACCUGGUACACGAAGAGGAUGCGGCGAAGGCAGGAAAGCAGAUCGAUCGUUUGCUGGGAAUUCAUCAAACGAAUCUGCAGAAGGAAAUGGAAAUUGGUGCCAUAAAUCGCACCCAGUUGCCCCCUGAAAUUGAUCCAAGUACGAAGUACAAGAAGGAGAAGCGCAAGGAAGAAAAACCGGACCCCAAAAAGCGUUUUGGUCUCAUGCAGGAAACCGAGGUUAAGGGUCUGCCUAUGCCAUCGUUGCGCGUGCGUGCAGAUCGCGUUAAUGAAAUGAAGGCGCUGAUGCAUGAAGCAUUGGAUGCUUUUCAUGAAUACAUCCUUCCGCCACGUGACUUGACUGUAGUUUUGUCGCUAUGUCUCCUUCCUGUGGAAAGCCGGGCGGAUAAUGGUCAGCAUACGCUCAAGGACCGUACGACGGAGGCGACCCGGAACUUCAUCUAUCGGUCCAUGCAGCGUGGCAAGGAGCAAAUGGACGUUGAAGAGAAGCCGUCGUUUUGGAAAGAUAAAUUGUUUGGCUGGUUGCCUAAGAUGGGACACGGUGGGGCGCAAGCUCAGACGAUGGAGAGUAUGCAGGACAUCGGCCAUCGUUUGGAUUUGGACGCACCCGUGGCUGUGGAUGAGGAGCCUGAACGAGGGGGCCAGACGUUGAAUUUGCUCCCCAUGUGUCGAGUGGACGUGGACGUGUCAACGAUGCGCCUAACGUUGUCCACCAAACAGAUCGAGCAACUGCUAGCCUGGGUGGAGAUCUAUGGGAAUUUAUACCCCACUUGGUGUACGGGUAUGAUUGCGAAUUUGGAGAAGCCUCGGCCACCAUACGAGGCAGCUCAAUUGUAUCUGGACGCGUGGUUGGUAAAAAUGUGUUUGAUGAAAGGCACCGUCCCACCGGACACUAUGGAGGGACCUUGGCCUGUGAAUAACUUGACGGACAGUCAGAAGCGGAUAAUAUUGUGGUGUUCGAAACUUGAACUGGCUUAUCAGAGUGCCAGCAUUCUGGCGCUACGCAAGGAGGCACUUGAGCGUUGGCGCCAUGAUGACUUUAGCCGACAGACGGCGAAUGGAAAUUGGUUUUCCAGUUGCUGCCGACGACCGAGUGAACCUCGAGCUAACACUCUUGAAGCUACAUUGAGCGGCGUAGGGGUGAAGGGACAGGAUUUGGCUGCGCAAGAUGCGAAGGAAAUUCAGGAGCUACAGGUUAAUACGAUGGAGGAGCUACAUAAGAUUCUGAUAUCGGAGACCAAGAAUAGUCUGCGAACGAUUGUUUUCUCGACUGACAUUUACGUUAAUCUGUUUCUGGCCGACGCCCAAAUUUAUUUGGAUCUCGCACACGUGAGCUACGGACCCGCCUCGACUGUGGGUACGAGUCCAAAGUCGGGUUCGGGUUUCGGGCUUAAGACGGGGACGGGGUCAGAAGGAAACACUCCACCGCGAUUGUCGUGUACGCCCAUUUAUGAUAACACAAUCGACCUGGGAAUUUUGGUGGAGGGUGUGGCGCUGAACUUGAUGAUCAAAAGCGACAAACCCAGCGGCUAUAUGUCUCUCAACUGCGACGUAUAUGGAGCCACAGUCCUUACCAUUGCCAACUUCCUGGCGCCAGUGGGCCCGACGCCAUUUGAGACGCUAGAUAGUAACUCUUCCCAGAAACAAGAGCAACUGAAACAAGCAAGAGCGCGUUUGCUCAAACACCUGGCAGAGGGCCGUAUGAUGGCAGACGAAGAGGUCAUGAAGUUCGUUGCUGACUCGCUGGCCGCGCAGACGCGACGCCAACGUGGAAACGUCUGGCGAAAGGCGCGCGGUAGCAAGGAUCUCGCUUCGCAGACAAGCAUCGACCUGUUGUUGAUGGUCCACCGCAGCGGCUGGAGCGACGACUCGGAGGUCCGCAUGACAACACCGCGGGUGGACAAUGGACAUCACCACCAUCAUCGGCUGGUCCAGUUCAUCACAGGCAAGUCGGGAUCAGCCAUGUCGGCGUUAUCGCAGUUUCUGCGCGAGCGAGCCGCCCCGUCGCUCAACUGCAAGAUGGCCAUGCACAUGUACCGUCUACCAGACGUACCCGACAUGGACGUAUCUAUAGAUGUUCGCGAAGACAUCACCGUACUCGCCGUCAUAGCGCCACUCAUGCACGUCCUGCAGGCGGCCGUGCCGCUCAUGGAGGUGCUUGCCAUUAAAGACUUGUUUCACCUGCACCGGAUCUGCCAACAAGUAGAUGUCGUCAAGGGUCGCGAGUACACGGCAGCUUGUGCCACCGGUGACUUGCCGCACUCAAGCAUGAAGGUUGAGGCACACAUCACCAGUGCCGUUCAGCUCGUCAUUCCGUCAGAAGCCCACCCUAUUUGCGAAGGACUCAUUCUCACGCUCCAGGGCCUCCACUUCACCACACCUCACCUCAGCCCCCGCAAACCUGUCGUCGAGGCCAUCCGACUGCCCCUCAAGGAACAACAGGAUGUCUUCUCCCUCGAACUCCACGACCUAGAAAUCGCCCGCUCCAGCCAAUGCCUCACCUCCUUUCUCAAACAAAAUACAAAGUCCUUCCUAGGGACUGACCCCGCAGGCGACUGGGAAACGGUUGUUAGACACUACAUGCGCAUCAUAAACAAGUCCGAGGCCACGGUCUCAGAAAGCGUUAUCCUCGGCACCGAGAACCAAAUGGAAGCCAAGAUCGUACCACCUGCCCAUCCAACAUACCCCACCUCAGGCUGCCCCGACGUCGGCAUGUUAGAGAUCUUCGACGCCGGCUCGAGUCCCAUUGCGGGCACUAGUCCCAUUGGGGGCACCAGUCCCCUGAGUGCCGACGCUUCGCCCAGCAGUCUCAAUGUCUCCCCCGCCGCCUUUGUGGGAACUCCCCUGAUGAACCCAAGUGACCCAAGGGGGCUCUCGCCCAACGGGCUCUCGCCCAAUGGACUCUCGCCCAACGGACUCUCGCCCGACGGACUCUCGCCCAACGGUACAGUUUCCCCUAGUCUGACGGGCGUUUCUGGAGAGGGGGAGAGUCUGCCGCAGCGAAGCGGUUUGGGCCACACGUUGAAGCGGAAGUUGGAGGAUAGCAUUGCAAAGCAUCGGCACCAUCGCGAGGCCUCACGCGAGGGGCACGGGUCGGCGGCCGCACGACUGAUGGAGCGUUUGGGACACCGUCACCACCGGGCGCCGGAGCCGGUGGGAGCGAGUGCUUCAGAGUUGCGGUUGCCUCGGGCAACGGCGGUAGCCAAGUCCUAUUUAUUGUACCCGACGUCGAUUGAGGAGUGUAUUAUUCGUAUGACCCACUUGCCGGCCCGUUACUCGGCUCCGGCAAUGCACUUGGAUGUCUUCCUAGGUCGUUUGGCGUUGGAGGUGAACAGUUUCGAUCUGGCUCUUCUUUCACGCAUCGGGUUGCGAGCAGGCACGAUGUACGGCGUAUUCGCGCCGCAAAUGGGCGUCGCGACUCAGCGCAUGGCCAACGCCGCUGCCCAGGCUGAGUACAUCAUACAGAACGUUAAGCCAGUUGUCCCCAUGGCGCCAGUGGUCAAAGUGCUAGGCCAUAAAAACAGUCUCCAAUUCCGCAAUCGCAAAUCGCAACUCCAGCCCGAAGGCGGCGGCGGCUCGAGACUUGGUAGCGGACUUGGCAGCCGUCUCGGCGACCGUGGACUAGGCGGACGCGGCUCCAUGGACCGUGGCGGUCUGAGCGCUGGACGUGACUCUACGGACCGCGGCGUCGGCGACCGCCGUGUCCCGCGUCUCAUGGUAACCGGCCCAGAUGACGAACGAGACGCUUUGGAAUCGCACGCGCGUAGUCGACAGAACGUGGGUCACCAGAGCGCGAGCCACCGCAGUGCAACUGGGCAAAGUGGAGGAGGGCAGAGCAGCAGCGGCCGUGGAGACGAGAGCGAGGCUUCGUACUCGGCGACAGCGUUGCAGCAAUUGGAGGAGGACAUUGAUGGGUUACUAGAGGAGUCGGAUUUGGCUGAGAUUUUGGGCGCUCGUCAGGCGGCGGCGGAGUUCGCUAAAUCGGGACACAUGGACUUGGAGGUGCGGCCGGAAAUGUUAGUAGCGGAAGACACCCAUCGUGCGGUAGAACAAUGGAGUCGUUUAAGCAAACAUGUCGAGUUUUACAAUGGCAGCAAUGGCGUGCCGGGUAACUGGAAAGUACAGGCGAGAAGUACUGCGGCGGGAACGACCGGAGUGGCCGAGGACUCGCGGUCGGAUCCGGAUGGUUCCUUACCGGAGUCGCCUUCUGUGUAUUCCGCAUCUAGCUCGCCACCGAAACAGACUCUCUGUUCUGAAACGUUGUUGCCUUUGGGCCCGCAGCUCUGGCUGCCUCGGCCUGAUAGCGGGUUCACUAUCAUCCACUGCAAGAUCGGCCAAAUCUCGGUCCUGGUCUGCUCCGUCCCGGACGAUAUUCCAAACAACCUCCCGGAUCGCGUCGAGACGGAACAAGAUGAGAAAACGCGCAGCGCCUGGAACCCCCAUGUCACCUAUCCCGCAAGACACUUCGCCUACAAUCCCUACCAGCUCACCGAGCCACUGGUGUCUGUACAUUUGGCCCAUAUCACGGCCAUAUGCGGAUUCGGGGCCAAAGGUGAAAUGACCGCGCGUGUGUGCGUCAGCAAUUUAAGAAUUAAUGAAGAGAUGGGAAUAACACCUCUAAACAUGUCUUAUCUUUACCUCGCCUCGCACACCGUGCAGCCCUGCAUCCCGCAUACAGGCUACGUACGCAAUUGGAGCGGCAUUUUGCAGGACGAAGGACUUAAGACCAUUAUGGGUGUGCCGCGCCAAAACGAUGACGACGAAAUGCCGCUUGUCACAGACCCUAUCCGCGAACUGGUGUACUAUACCGAUUGGUACAGUCGCGAGUGUGUUUCCGGCCAUGAGUAUGUAGCGGAACAGGAGGAGCAUUCUCAGCAUAUCCGUGUUAACUUUAUCGGGAAUUUGACGGACUUUUCUAAGGUCUUUGCUACGGUGGAUUUCUCUCCCUUUCGUCUCACACUACCGUUGGAGUUCGUGGAUGAAUUGACGGAGUUUACGAGCAACUUAGCGCUGAUGAUGCUGAGUCUGGAUGACGCGAAUCUGACAGCGGUCGACGCAACCGACGAAGGCGCCGCGAACCUGGUCCUGCCUUCGUUCCAGCCAGUCAAGUUCCGGAGUCUGGAGCAAGGCGUGGAAUAUCCGCAGUUGCCUCUGCCUCCUCUGAAUGCGACAAAACCGAUUGAGGAUCGUAUGGUAGAAAAGGGGCAUGUGCAGGUGCGUUUUUCGGCAGUCGAGGUCUUCAUACCGGUGGAGCCAAUCCGGUUACCCAAAGAAGGUCCGAAGAAGAAGGCCAAGUUCGGUUUCGACGAGCCCUCAGGUGCCAUGCACCUAGAUGUCCAGCAACGACAGCUCAAUGAAAUGGACCGCCGACUGGCCAUGAUGACCAUCUACCGGUGGAAAGAGGUUGUACACCGCACAUUACGCAAUCAAUCACAGGGCAUGGGAGCUUCCCUGUCUCGAAAGAAUCAGGCUGUUUUACCGCUGUGUUUUGCGAUCCGAUGUGGCGUGGACGUAGAUAUGAUGUUAUACGGGUAUAGUAGCACAUUACGCUGUCCGAUCGAGUUACAACCGCUCUUCCAGGAUGCCCUCAGCUCCCGAACUACUAGCAGGCCUCAGAUCUCACCGGACCCUUCUUUCGACCGAAUGAGCGUUUCCGAUUUAGAUGAGAACCCGAGUCGGAAGCAGUUCCGAUUCCAGAGAACUUUGGACUCUUACCGCUGGGUGGAGGCAUGUCUACGCGCUCCCAUCAGCAACCAGCCUCUCAUACGCCAGGUUUGUCCCGGUCAGGUGCAUGUGAGCGCUACCGUCGAAUCGAUCACUGUCGACUUUUUGAGGCCAUCCUGCUACACACUCUUCUCGAUGCCCAAGGUAGCGUGGGAUCGCCAGACCCUCUAUGCCAACGUACCCGGACCGGGAUUGCAUCCUGUGGAAAUGGCGGACGUAAGCAAGAACCCGUUACUCAGUCCCACAAGUCUCCGGCUCUCCCUCGAGUUAGCAUUGCCAGGAGAACGCGAAAUGUACGAACGCUUCUACGGCUUCAGCAAAAUAGAGGCCAUCACAGCCCGCAGAUUGUUCGGCAUCCCGGACGAUUCCCCACCCGAAUACAUCAAGCUCAACAUCGACAUUUCCCCUGUGGGGGUUUCCAUGAAUGAAACCACCAUAUGCCAACUACUGAAACUCCUCGCUGUCGGAGGCGACCUCGGUGCCCAUCUAGGCGAGAAAGCAAGCCGCUACGCGCUCAUGACUGAAAUGCUGUGCCGAUACGAUCGACUUGAAGCCACUGGCGCUCCCGACUCGGAUGGCACCGACGACGAAAAACCAAAAGCCGGAACCAAUUAUAUCAUGCGAGACGAUGAGCCAGACGCACAGGCCAUGGAAAAAAGGAGCGCCAGAGGAGCCAGUUUCAAUCAAGAAUCCGGAGCCGCUAUAAAUCUCCUGGACCGCGGCGAUAAUGACCACAGGGGCGGAGGGCCGGGUACCGAUCCCACGAUCGGAGGGAAGUUCGCCCUUCAGGACGACGGUACUGAGAGCACACAACACAGCACGGACGACGACGACGACGCCUACUCCAUGACGCAAUGGCUCCUCAGCGCAGGAGUCCCGCCCGAGCUGGCGCCUGGACUGUUCGGGUUUAACGUCAGCACCAGUUGGGAACUUGUAGAGAUUGACUUCAACAUGCCCUUGGUCCGCAUCACGCUUUGGGAUUGCGACCGAGAGGUCGGAUUCCAGAAAACGGGGCCGACGCUAUUCGAUAUUGCAAUCACAAACACGCGUGUGCAGGCCGUGUGCAGACCGGUUUCCUCGUUGUCUCAGCCGCCUGAAUGGUGGGGUGAGAUCAACAGCGGCGAGGAGCUGUUGGCGGGCACGGAUCUGAUCGCAUUGUCGUUCGUCUCAUACGACUUUGACCCGUUGUUUAGCAAUCCGUAUCGGAUCAAACCGAUUCCGAAGAACGGGUUGUAUUAUGCGUUGAAGACGGUGGCGAAAAAUUACUAUGCGACUUACCGCAUAAGCAACCAGGGGGGCGGCAUGCAGGGGCUGACUGACGAUCAAAUGGACAUCACUUUUCGUGGGCGCAUUGACGAUAUUGAGAACAAGAUUGCGGCUGCGUUGCCGUGGCUGUGUUUUGACGGAGGCACGUUGAUAGCGAUUAACUGUUCGGGUAACAAGCAGUCGGAGACCAAGCAGAUUUCGCUGUUGGAGCCGAUGACUGUACGUUUCAUUGGAGGGAAGCGAAGCCCGAAGAGUCAGAUGCACGUGACGUCGGAGAUUUCAUGGGUCAACUUAAGCGUCAGUUUGUUUCUGUUAGAUUCGUGGCUUAAGUUUGCGCAGGAGGUGUUAUGUCAGGAAGUGCCAGAGGAGAUGAGUCGCCUAAAGCUGCAGGCAUACCUCCGGUCCUGUCAUAAACGUCUUAACAAAAUGUCAGGUUUUAGUCGACCGAAGUCGCGCACAGUUUCAAGUUCUAAGUCCAAGCUGGGUGGGGGAAAUGCGUUCGGAACGUGUACGACGGACAGUUUGGUGCCUUCCUUCAUUGCGUCGCGGGCGGCGAUGUCCAGUGUGCGUCACUGGGUCUUGGGCCAGCCUCGCGAGACGACUCCUGCUAUGGUUGAGGAGACAUGGAGUGGUGUAAAGUUUUAUCUGCGUCCAUUAGGCUGUUGGGAUCCGCACAAGGCACUGGCCAAGACCUUUACCUCGAUCAGUCAGUCCUUGGGUGCUACUUUUUUUGCCCAAGGUAAGGCGAUUGCGAGUGGACAGUACGUAGCUACCACGGAUUUUCCUCUAUUGCCAGAUAAAGGUAUUCGUGAAGUGAGCAAGACUGACAUGGCGGCUGCACUACUUACAAAUCUGGCUGGCGGGAGCGCCGUCUCUGCCUCACCGGGUAAGGCACUCCCAGUCCUGGAGCUGGUUAACUUACUGGGUCAGCCGUUGGGGGUUUAUGUGAAGAAGUCUGCUGCCUCGGAUCCCACGCUUGAAGACUGGCAUGUAGUCCAACCCAACCAAUGCUUUGCUGUCCCGGUAUGCCUUGUGGGACAGGAGGUGGUCUUGAGUGAUUUUUGUCUACGCUUGCGAUUGAUGAAUGAGGUCUUUGACUUACGCUCCACGGUCGAGUUGCGUGCGUUCGCAGAGAGUGUCCAGAGCUACAUUUCCGAGGAACUCUUUGCGCAAAAACAAGGCAAGGCGCUGGUCAAAAAACCGAAGGGCCGUGUGAACUAUUAUACACUCAGUCUGGCGGGACUAGCACAGGCGGCACAGGCGACACAGACUGCAGUGACCCAGGCGGAAACGCCCUCGCGAAAGAAAAAGCGCUGUCGAACAAAGCUAUGUCCGAACGGACUGGCUAUCGGUGGACGACGAAAGAAACCGGGACAUGUGGUCGGAGAAAUCGGUGUUCGACGCAAGCUGCCUUUACUCUGUCGAUUGCGGACGGCGAUGUUAGAUGUCAAGUUGCCGGUGGCUAAUAGCCAACGGUCUAUCGACUUGCAAUGGGGUUUCCAGAUGUUAUUGAGUUCCACCUUCUCGGCUAAAAACAUGACGCAAGAGUCCUUAUGUUUAGCACCGAUCUCUCCGUCAGUGUCGGCGCAGGAGCUUAAGCAGUGCGCAGCUUCCAUGACGGCGUCCUGCGACGAGAUAAUUCAGGCUCCGACAGGUUCGACUUUCCGACAUUGGCUUGAAUCCCGCGAGUGCGCCGCCCUCCUAUACCGUCUCCCUCCGCCAGCACCGCCUUUGGACGGUGAGCCCGACUGGGUCACGGUGCCGCAGGAGGCAACGACGGCUGUCCGUCGUGCGGCCACACUAGAAGGCGCUGCUGCACUCGAAGGGUAUCUACAAAACGACCUCAGUGCGCAGUCCGACGACUCAUCCGGCGAAUGGCAAACCAUCGUGCAAACCCUUCGCCGGAAAGCGCUUAAACAACCGCUCAUCGACGGCAUCUCCUGUCUCCUUCUUCCAGCCAACAAUAAUGCCGACCCAGAGUCAACUCUAGACGCACCCCGCCGAAAUAGCGUUGCCACCGGCAGCCCCUGGCCGGCCCGGUGUCCACGAGCCUACCCACUUUACUGGCUUCUCGCCAAAAACUCCUACGUGGCUGCCGUAGACCCGCGAUCAUUUAAAGCGCUCAAGACCGCUGCCAGGACCGCACUCGGCGGUCCAGAUGACCCCGCUCUCGGCGGUCUGGGCCAUGGCCAGGGCGGCAGUGGCCAAGGCGGCAAUGGAAAUGAGCCUGGCGGGGGUGCGGACAGUCGGGAACAAGGCGGUUGGGGUCGGGAGCACGGUGGGGGUCGCGACUCGGUGCCGGAGAACGGGGGUUUGUUGGCGCCGAGUAGUCGGCAGUUUCUGUUCUACUUGGCGAGUCAACCUCAGAAGUUGGGGCCGUUAAUGGUGAGUCGCGAGGUUAACCGGUUAUUGGCGCAUUACGAAACAUUGGCGAGUAAAUCAGACAUUGCGUCUUUGACCCGUUAUGUGCAUCGAUUAGAUCCGAAGCCACGUGUGAUGAAAUUGGCGGUGGCAAAGGCAAGCGAGCCAACAGCCGGGGCUUCAGCCUCAGUACCCCCUGCGGGUGGAGCGACCUUGGAGGAGGCGGCAUCACCUGCGUCAUUAUCGGGUGGUGUGCGGCCGGACUUUAAUGAGGCGAAGCAUUAUUCGGUCUCGCAGUCGGUGGUGGCCGCGGACCCGUACAUGCUGGCUGGGGACGGGGUGUGCGUGCAGACGGUGAUUGCGCCGUUGUUUGAGUUUUCGAAUCGACUGCCACGCGAUGUGCAAGUGAGCAGCGCGCGAACGGCAAGACGGAUUGCGCGUAUGGCCCGUAUGGAGAUGAUGGAAACGGGAGGUGUGUCCAGCAUCAGCGCAACUGACCUAGGUAAUGUGGGUGGUUCUACCUACAUCCAUGCCGGCGAAAGCCACCUGUUGCCUUUAGCUGAAAACGGGAUCGAAUUUACCUUCGGAUCCGUCAAGACGCUAGGUUCCAUCUCAGUCGACCUGCGCAACCACGAACAGGAGACGCUCGAGCUUGUCUGCCGCGCCGUAGAACCGUCAUUACGGCGACGCAUGCGCCCGAGCAAGCUGGCUGAUCUUCGUGACAACUUGCUAGCGCCGAGCGAGAGCUUUUCUAAGUCUGAGAUGGACAAGACCACGGUCGUGCUCGAGGACGGGACCUCGCCGGAGGAGGAUUUCAACAUCUGUCUCGAGGUCUCGCCCGCCAACGUACAAACGGUCGGCUGCGGCGGUGAGGUGGUGGCCCGUGAUACCGAAAGCGUGGUUGUGAAUUGCCGAUGCUACAUGAAGACUUUAACGCUUUUCUCUGAUCUCUGGAUCGUCAACCGUCUGAGCUACCCGCUCGCGGUGAAGGCCAAGCCGGCGGUCGAGCUUUUGCCACACAAGCGCGUGGUCGCGACGGCAGGUUUAUCGCGAGCGGGUUCGGCCAAAAUGAGUAUUGACAAACGCACGUUUGCCCAAAUCCCUGGCGCCAAGUAUUUCCUGAAGGCCGAGAGCAUUGGCGAUGCCCUCGGCGAUGCCCUCGGCGGAGCCAUCGGCGAAGCCAUUGGGGUCAAGAGCGGCUGGCGAGCGGGCUUUUCGUCGACCGCAUCCGUAUUGUCCGAUCCGGUCAAGUUUAGUAGCUCGCUAAGCGUGGCGACACCAGUUGAUUUCCCGGCCACAGACAGCACCCCUGCUCUCUCCCUUUUAGUCUGGAUGGCGCGUGCUCCCGCUCCCUUCUUGAGGACCAGCACGGUGGAGGUGAUGCCGGCGUAUGUCUUCGCCAACGACUCGGACGCCGUGUUAUACGUGCGCGAAUCUCCGUACAAAGCGAACUGGAUGAAGGACCAACGGGUGGAGCAUGGCGCUUUUCUCGCCGUGCCGCCAGGGGCUAGAAUUGAGUUCCACCCACAACGCAAAAAAAAGAAUGGUUCCAUUCGAAUUCAAGUUAGCGCACUACCCGAAGUGGAGCGUUUCCAUCAAGUCGUACUGCAGCAAAGUGCGAACAAGACGGGGGCUGUCAACGAUGCAGACGCCCCGCUCUGGUCGCAGCCGAUCCAGAUCUCCAAUGCACAAGUCAUCCAAUUACGCUAUCCCACCAUCGAUUCGCCCGCAGUCAGUGUAGGCGCGUUCGGAUUAAUUGACAUCUCCGUGACCAUGAAGAACGGCGUUCGUCUCAUCAGUUUCAUGCCCUCCCACGUACCCGAGUUCCGGCUCUGCAACCUCAGCUCCGUCGCACUCGGCGUUGCGCAACACAAUCUCCAUGGCCCCUUCGAGAUUCUUAAGCCGUUGGCCGCGCGCCGAACACACAAUCUCGAACACCCGGCACUCGAAAAGGUAGCGGUAGAUUACGAUACGGUCAAAGAAGGAAUGUUAAUCAAACUGGUUGGCGGAAACAAACGCAGUGACGAGCUUAAACAACUCGAAGCCGCCUUUGCGCAGAUGAGCGAGGUCACGGACAAGGAUCUACGUGCUUGGAAUGCUGCCAAACAACAGUUCGGACGUCUCUUCGAAUUAAACAAACACUUCGAACAAAUGAGACGACGAAAGCUCGCCGGAGGAACCGUCACUGACCGCCUAAUGUUCUUGCCCGUACCCGGUGGCAACAUCGUUCCAAUCCGCAUUAAAUUACGUUUCGUUUCCGGUGUCAAAUGGCUCAUUCUUGAAAACUUCCGAGGCCAACUUCCUCGUGUGCCGCACCACAAACUACGUGGCUCAGGGCACCCCGGUGGCCCGCCUCCGGGUCCGCCUCCGGGUCCACCACGGGGACAUCGAGGGUUCGAGCAGCAAGCGGCUCAAGCACGGGAGGCCGAAGAGACGGCGAAACGCGAGUUCGAAAAACGACGAAAAGUGAACGAGUUGUGGCUGCGUAUGCAGGGUGGACAGGACUGCGCCGUGGAGCUGGCCACGCUCUGCAAGUAUGAACGGGUGCAGCUAGACGAAAUGCAGCGUGUCUUCCCCUUCGGCAGCCGCACAGCCAAAGACACCUUCAGUGCUGCCUUCGAGAAAGUCACCGGCCUCAAAUUCGUCCACGACCUCAGCCAGGGUCGUGGCGGUCAAGGUGCUCAAGGGCAAGGUGCUCAAGGGCAAGGUGGUCAAGGGCAAGGUGGUCAAGGACAAGGUAGGGGUGAACCUACGACGGAAGGGGGGGUGUUGAGGAGUGAUGUGAGUUCAGCGAGUUCCGCAACUCCAAGUGCAGUGGACAUUGCGGGCGGUGCCACCACGGAUGAUGCGUUCGAAAUCGAGCCGGUACCAGUGCCUGGGGCGAGGGUGAAAAAGACCGAUGAUGACGUGGCUAUAGCGGAUGGAGAUCUGAUCGUGAACCCAUUGGAAGAUGAGGUUCCGGAAGUUUCGUCUACAUUUGCUGCCGACUUAAGAAUUGAUGGUUUCGGAUUGGAUGUGGUUGACCACCGGUUAUCUCGGGACUUAUUGUACGUGUCAUUGGCACGGAUAGCGUUGACUUGUCACUCUGAUGGGUCGGAGACGUUUAAGUUAAUGCUGAGUGUUGGUUGGUGCCAGAUCGAUGCGACUUCUAAUGACAGUUACUACCCGACUGUGUUACGUCCGUUGCGAGACCUGCAUCAUAACGCAGCCCGUGCGGCGGCAGAGGAUGAGGAGCAUGAGGAACAGGAGCAGCCAAUCCUAAUUCUGCCGGGCGAAACUUCGCAGAACACUUUCGCUUUCGAUGACCCCAAGCUGUUCGACCCGCUCUUGCUGGAACGUUUUGGCGGGAAUGAGAACUUUGAAUUCCUUCGUGUUGUGCUCGAAAAUCGCAUGGCCCAGCCCAUCAGUGACACGGAAACGAUUCUGCAAAAAUUUGUAGCACACACGCGCGAAUUGGACACACACAAAAAGAAACCUCGAGAAGAACAAGAUGCUCCGCCUACCCCUGUGCAACGCGAGAUAGCCUCCGCAAACCGGCCGGAUGACGACAGUUCAGUGUUUGCUAGCCAACGCGGGGCAGUCGUGCUACCGCCGAGUGUGGGUCCAACGGCAAGUGGUGCAGCGUUGAUGGAUAUUCCAUUGUGUGCCAUUGACUUGUGUCCGAUUGCGGUGAACGUCGAUUACCCCUUGAUUCAGGCGAUGAUGAAGUUAUUGGAUCAUGCGAUGGUAAUUUGUGACAAGUACUCGCUUGACUUGGUCCAGGGCGAUCCGAGCGAGAUCCAGCAGUCGGAUCGGCAGCCGUAUUCGGAGCCAUGGAAGAAAUAUUUGGGUGGUACUGAUUGUCUGUUCCGUACCAAGGCAGUGCUGAUGAAGGUGUCGUUGUCCUCGUUGGAUAUUGGCGAGAUCCAACUGAUUCUGAAUAUCAACCUAGGCUCACGUGGUGUCCGCAAACUCAAACGGGGACCACAGAGCAGCGCCCUGGCAGCCGCGACAAGUGCUGAGGGGGAGGGUGAAUGGGAAGAGAGUGGUACAAGUUCGGUUCUGAAGAAAACUAGCGAUGGCCACGAGAUGAUGAGCGCCUUCGUACAGGGCAAUCAGGACCCAGCGGUGGUCGCGAAUGGAGAAUUAGCGCCGGGUAUUCGACCAGAAGACGAUGAGCCAGUGGAAUCUGAGUUUGUUAAGGCCAUCUUAGGAGUGUUACAGCUUAAGGCCUCGCUCUCUGACGCACAGAUUCAGCUCCCCAGUAUGCAAUACCGGGACCUUACGGGACCUUCGGAUGAGGUGGCUAUGGAGAUUAUUACGCCCUACAUCACCAAGGCGGCGAAGCAAGUGGCUAAGGUACUGGGUGCCAUCGACUUAUUCGGCAAUCCAUCGCUGGUCGUGAGACACUGUACGGGUGGGGUCUCACGUGCGAUUACGGAAGUACGUUUUGGUUGCUUCCGUUCCACGAACUCGUACCAACGAUUGCAUCCAAAUAUUGCCAUACGUUCACGUGCAUGUCAGCAACCUUGUCUGGCCGUGUUCUUCGCUCUCCGUCAUUCUGUGGUGGGUUUGAGUUCUGCUUUACUGGAAUGUGUCUCACGCUGUCUUGGCUCUUGGACCCAAUUGAUGGAGACGGCUUCACGAAAUGGUGACCAAUUCUCCAUAAGACCUGGUGCCACUUCAAAGGUAAACAGUGGCUCAAUCAUUGAUCAGCCAGCGAACAUAUUCGAAGGACUGCGCAUGGGAUUAAGCACCGGGCUUUAUCUGGCGACACUAUCCCUGACUAAUUUUCUUGCUAAGCCAUGUCGCGGUCUGGUGGCUGCUUUUGGUAAAAAGCGGGAUGCAGAUCUGUUGGAUUCGGCGGGCUAUGACUCAGACGACGACGAGGAGUUACUACCACUUGCAGACGCAGAUGCGGAUGCAGAUGACAAUGAUUCACUCCUGGAACAAAGGUUCGGUUCCCGUGCCGCCAAAGCUGCAGGUACAAUAUCCUGUGCCGCGCUCUCUGCCGUUGGCUCCUGUCUCUUCGGCCUCCCCUCAGCUCUCUGCGCCUGCUGCUCCCUAACGGCUGGCGGAGCACUUCAAAACAUCAUUAAAAUACCCAUGCUUUCCAGCGUACGCUCAAGACGUGUCUUCUUCCGACCGGCCGGGAACAACACCUUUCAAACUAUGCGCCAGUUCGAACCUCACUACGCUCUCUGGGCGGCACUAGGAUCCAAUAGCGCUAGACUUUCGCGUUUCCUCGGCAUUUCGCGCACCAGUCCACUUCUCAAAGCACACACCAACGUCGUCCUCACUCUUCCCCUCGCCACGCUCGACACAAAGACCGGGCAAGCCGCACCUGCUGUCCUUCUUCUGGGCACCCAAAAAGUCGGACUCAUGACCAAACGAGGUGUCCGAUGGCACCUCCCCUGGCGCCAUCUUGCACUCGUCGAAUUCGUCGCAUUCCCCACACCGGCCAACGUACCCCACCACCAUCCCCUCGUCACAGCCCUGCGCUUCACUCUCGCCGGAAACAAAUCAACCGAAGACCCGUUCGUCAUACUCAACGCAGAUCCUACCAUCGGCUGGGACCAGUUCCUACUCGCCGCCAGCCUCUUCCUCGACCUCUCACCUCCAGCCUGA